ACACACUCUGCGUCACCGCGGGCCGCGGCGGAUGAUGAAUUCCGGCGUGUGUGUUAGGGUUGCUGUGUCACUCAGGCGGCUCGGCGCGCCCCUUCCCCCGCGGUCCUUCCGCACCGGCUGACUGGCUCUUCCGGUCUCCGGCGCCCCUCUCCUGCUGGCUGGUCUCGGGCCGCAGCCUGGCGCACGCCGGCUCGGGCCUGUGGACGAGUCUCGCGCUGUGCCCGGGAGCCGGGCUCCGGAUCCACGCUGGCCAUGGCUAGCGGCGCCUCCAGAUACCGGCUGAGCUGCUCGCUCCCGGGCCACGAACUAGACGUAAGGGGCCUGGUGUGCUGCCUCUACCCGCCGGGAGCCUUUGUGUCUGUGUCCCGGGAUCGGACCACCCGCCUCUGGGCUCCAGACAGUCCUAACAGGGGCUUUACAGAAAUGCACUGUAUGAGCGGCCACUCUAAUUUUGUGUCUUGUGUGUGUAUCAUACCCUCAAGUGACAUAUAUCCUCAUGGACUGAUUGCCACUGGAGGAAAUGACCACAAUAUUUGCAUUUUCUCGCUGGACAGUCCAAUGCCACUUUAUAUUUUAAAGGGUCACAAAGAUACUGUUUGUAGUCUUUCUUCUGGAAAAUUUGGGACAUUACUUAGUGGCUCAUGGGACACCACUGCUAAAGUCUGGCUGAAUGACAAAUGCAUGAUGACAUUACAGGGUCAUACAGCCGCAGUAUGGGCAGUAAAGAUUUUACCUGAACAGGGCUUAAUGCUAACUGGAUCAGCAGACAAGACAAUUAAACUAUGGAAGGCUGGAAGAUGUGAGAGGACUUUUUUAGGGCAUGAAGACUGUGUAAGAGGCUUGGCAAUCUUGAGUGAGACAGAAUUUCUUUCCUGUGCAAACGAUGCUAGUAUUAGAAGGUGGCAGAUCACUGGCGAGUGUCUGGAAGUAUACUUUGGACAUACAAAUUAUAUUUAUAGCAUAUCUGUCUUUCCAAACUCCAGAGAUUUUGUGACAACUGCAGAAGACAGAUCUCUAAGAAUAUGGAAACAUGGUGAAUGCGCCCAAACGAUCCGACUUCCAGCUCAGUCUAUAUGGUGCUGCUGCGUACUGGACAAUGGUGACAUUGUGGUUGGUGCGAGUGAUGGUAUCAUUAGGGUGUUUACAGAGUCAGAGGAGCGGACAGCAAGUGCUGAGGAAAUCAAGGCUUUUGAGAGAGAGCUCUCUCAGGCAACUAUCGAUUCCAAAACUGGUGACUUGGGGGAUAUUAAUGCGGAGCAGCUUCCUGGGAGGGAACAUCUCAGUGAACCAGGUACUAGAGAAGGACAGACUCGUCUAAUCAGAGAUGGAGAGAGAGUUGAAGCCUAUCAGUGGAGUGUUAGUGACGGGAGGUGGAUAAAAAUUGGUGAUGUUGUUGGCUCAUCUGGUGCUAAUCAGCAAACAUCUGGAAAGGUUUUAUAUGAAGGGAAAGAAUUUGAUUAUGUUUUCUCAAUUGAUGUGAAUGAAGGUGGACCAUCAUAUAAAUUACCAUAUAAUGUCAGUGAUGAUCCCUGGCUAGUUGCAUACAACUUCUUGCAGAAAAAUGAUUUGAAUCCCAUGUUUCUGGAUCAGGUGGCUAAAUUUAUUAUUGAUAACACAAAAGGUCAAACACUGGGACUUGGGAAUACCAGUUUUUCAGAUCCGUUUACAGGUGGUGGUCGCUAUGUUCCAGGAACUUCAGGACCUUCCAACACAGUGCAGACAGCAGAUCCUUUCACAGGUGCUGGGCGUUACAUGCCAGGUUCUGCAGGUAUGGACACCACCAUGGCUGGAGUUGAUCCAUUUACAGGGAAUAGUGCCUACCGAUCAGCUGCAUCUAAAACAGUGAAUAUUUAUUUCCCCAAAAAAGAAGCUCUUACCUUUGACCAAGCAAACCCUACACAAAUAUUAGGAAAACUGAAGGAACUUAAUGGAACUGCACCUGAAGAGAAGAAGCUAACUGAAGACGACUUAGUACUUCUUGAAAAGAUACUGUCCCUGAUUUGUAAUAAUUCCUCAGAAAAGCCAACGGCCCAGCAACUUCAGAUUUUGUGGAAGGCUAUCAACUGGCCUGAAGACAUUGUCUUUCCUUCACUUGACAUUCUUCGGCUAUCGAUUAAGCAUCCCAAUGUGAAUGAGAAUUUCUGCAAUGAAAAAGGAGACCAGUUCAGCAGCCAUCUUAUCAACCUUCUGAACCCCAAAGGAAAGCCAGCAAACCAGCUGCUUGCUCUUAGGACUUUUUGCAAUUGCUUUGUUAGUCAGGCAGGACAAAAGCUCAUGAUGUCCCAGAGGGAGUCACUGAUGUCACAUGCAAUAGAACUGAAAUCCGGGAGUAAUAAGAACAUUCAUAUUGCUCUGGCUACGUUGACCUUGAACUAUUCUGUUUGUUUCCAUAAAGACCAUAACAUUGAAGGGAAAGCUCAAUGCCUGUCAGUAAUUAGCACAAUCUUGGAAGUUGUACAAGACCUAGAAGCCACGUUUAGACUCCUUGUGGCUCUUGGGACACUUAUCAGUGAUGAUUCAAAUGCUAUACAAUUAGCCAAAUCUUUAGGUGUUGAUUCUCAAAUAAAAAAGUAUGUCUCCGUAUCAGAGCCAGCUAAAGUAAGUGAAUGCUGUAGACUUAUCUUAAAUUUGCUGUAGCAGUAGAGAAAGGAAGCUGAGGGGUUUUCUUUUUUGUUUUGGGGGUUUUUUUUUCCACAUUUUACAUGACUGAUUGCAGAUGUUUAAGAAGAAAGAAAGGAAAAUUGGAUUAAGUUCAGAUCUUGUAGAGUUGUGUUGAGGAGAAACAAAUUAUAAAUAAAGUUUUUGCACUGAUG